CCACAAAACAACAAUGUGAGAGGGAAAACUUAAAAUCGGGAUAAAAAAUGGGGGUUCUACUGUAAUACAUUUCCCCAUAGCCCUGUGUCUGGCUAGGCCUCAUUCACUGGAACUUUUUGUCCAGUGGGGUGAACCACAGCACUACCCACAAGCAUGUACAUUGGGGCCAGUGGGUUGAACAAAGUCCACCCCAAAAUUAAUAUACUUCUGUGGGAAUCACCAGAUUCUCCAUGUGAAAUGGAAUUCCUUGAUACUUGAACACUAGUGCCUGUAAUGAACUAUUAUCACCUUGAUAACAUAGGGUUAGUCUACAUCUCUGUCACACACAGUCAUUCAGAUAAACAAGAUGAAGAGUGUCGGCAGGCACAGGCUGCAAAGGAGCUCUGUACUUAUCAGCUGUCCUGUUGCGGUUGUUAUGAACAAUGCUACUUUGUGCCCACCAAUUCUGUGCUUUGCACUCCUGCCAGAAUUCUAAUCUCAAAAUACUUCAAGAACUUAAAAUCAUACUGAUGUGUACCUAUCAAUGAUAAGUAUUGUGUCAGUUCAAUAACAAAGAAUAACUGCAGUAUUUCUUAAAUUGCCCCUUCCUGACCCGACAGUACCUCCUCUGACACUCUGAUCCACCUAAUCUUGCAGCCCCACAAAGGAGUCACCCUGGGCUGUUGAAUGGAGUAUUGGUUACAUUUGUAGCCUAUUGAAAGAACUCACUGUUCCACAAAACCAGCAAGAUAGACAGCAUAUAUAACCAUGACCAAUUGGACAACUAAAAUCUAUAGUGUAUAAAUCUAGGGUAUGAUCUUGCCUUAUAUGCUUAUUUUUACCCCUAUAAAGUAACUCAUUCACUAUAUUUAGAGCUACAUCUGACAGUAGAACAGUGCACUUUUUUGCUUCUGCCGCUGCUACAGUAUGAUGGGUUUUGAAUCCGGACUGAAGCAUGGAGCUCAUUAAGAACUCUUUCGUGAAUAAGCACCCCUUAGUACUCUAUCAAAUGAGUCUGGAGUAAUUUCAUGAUAUUGUCACUGCAAUUGGAAGUCUGGAAACUGGAAUUUCUGCUAACUUUGUAACUAAAAAUUAAAAAGUUACCAUCACAGUGGCUUUACAUUGAGCUUACAAAAGAAAGUUUAUAUGGAAUGCAACCCUAUGCAUACAUUUAGGCCCAAAAGUUACCAGUUUGUUUUUUUAUAAACCCAGCUGUAUGCUAGUACCCUAAACUGCCACUGGUCUGAUUUAUACAGGAUAAUAAUUUUUUAGUCCUUUCUGAGCACCCUGGUUUAUACAUUGAUGCUAUGAAAAUAAUUAAACAUUAAAACCAUUUACAUUUUAUUUUUCUAUAAGGAAAGAACCUACUGUAUAUAACAGCAGAAGCCGGCUUCAGUUAUGUGGGUCUUCCUUCUGGUCUUGUUGGUCCUGAUCUUCCUGUAUAGAUGGAACAGGGAGAGAGAGAAGCUGCUAAAUCUAACAGAGAAGUAUGUGUUCAUCACCGGCUGCGACUCUGGGUUUGGAAACUUGCUGGCAAAGCAGCUGGACAAAAAUGGACUACAUGUGCUAGCAGCCUGUCUGACGGAUAAAGGAGCUGAAGAACUGAAGAAGGAGACUUCCAGUAGACUGAAUACUGUUAUGCUCAAUGUUGCUGACAGCCAAAGUGUGAAUUCUGCUGCUAAAUGGGUCUCAGAUAUUGUUGGAAACAAAGGGCUGUGGGGGCUGGUGAACAAUGCAGGCAUUUCAAAUCCAAUAGCCCCCAAUGAAUGGCUGGCAAAGGAGGAUUAUUUAAAGGUGCUGAAUGUGAAUCUAUUGGGGGUUAUUGAUGUAACACUGAAGUUGCUGCCACUGAUUCGUAAAGCCAGAGGACGUGUUGUCAAUGUAGCCAGUGUUGCCGGGAGAGUGUCUCUCUCUGGUGGUGGAUAUUGCAUUUCUAAAUAUGGAGUAGAAUCAUUCUCGGAUAGCCUACGGCGUGAGAUGGCUCAGUUUGGAAUCAAGGUGUGCAUAGUGGAACCUGGAUAUUUCAAAACACCAGUCGCUGAUGCUAAGAUACAAAGGAAGUCUUUGACUGAAAUCUGGGAAAAAGUGCCAAAGCACAUCAAAGAAGCCUAUGGGCAAGAGUACUUUGAAAAAUACUGUAACAAUGUAGAGCGGAAUCUAAAUAAGGUCAGCUCAAAGCUUCACCUGGUGACAGACUGCAUGGAGCACGCCCUGACUGCUGUGUAUCCCAGAACCCGCUACUCUGCCGGCUAUGACGCCAAAUUUUUCUUCAUACCCCUUUCGUACCUUCCUACUGUAUUUGUAGAUUUCCUCCUUAGCACUUCUCGAGCCAAAGCAGCUCAAAGUGUCUAAGAAAGGAAUGGAUCAAAUGUUUUUUGUUUUUCAACAGUGCAUUAAAAAAUCCAUUAUUUACAAAAACAGAUCUAUCUUGCAUUGAUUGUGUGCAUUACCACAUCGAUAUCUAAUCAAAAGCAAUUAAUAAAAAUGUGUUAAUUUA